CCGGUUUUGAAGUACACAUGGGUGAGGUCAAAAAGCUGCCACGGAGACGACUAUCUAUCUACUACCCCGGAGGAAGCAAAAACAUCUCCCCCCAUCGAUUUCUCUCCUCACACUAAUUCCGCUCCUCAUUUCAAAUUCCCAACAGGGCAAGCUUCUUCUGUUUGCCUUAGCCAUGGCAUUAUCAUUGCUUUCUCUCCCAAAGUAUGUAUUACCUUUCAAUGCUGCUCCCACAGCUUACAUGAAGCCCCACGGAUUGGAAUCCUGCUCACCCAACACAGUACUCUCAUCAGGGAGUUCUCAGCUAUUCGGGACUAAAAUCACCAUAACACCAGCUCGGUAUAAGCCCACAGCAAUUCAGUCAAAGCGAAUGAUAGUUUAUGCUGCUAAGGUAGCCAAAGGAUCUGUGCCACCACCGUUUAACCUAAAAGACCAAGAGGGCCGAAUCGUGAGUCUCUCCAAGUUCAAGGGCAAACCAGUGGUGCUCUACUUUUAUCCUGGAGAUGAAACCCCAGGCUGUACUAAAGAGGCUUGUGCUUUUAGAGACUCUUAUGAGAAGUUCAAAAAGGCCGGUGCUGACGUUAUUGGAAUUAGUGCAGAUGGCCCUGAAUCUCACAAGGCCUUUGCAAAGAAAUACAGGCUUCCUUUCACAUUGCUAAGUGACGAAGGGAACAAGGUGAGAAAAGAAUGGGGAGUUCCAGGGGACUUCUUUGGGUCACUGCCUGGCAGGGAGACGUAUGUUCUUGACAAGAACGGAGUAGUCCAGCUUGUAUAUAACAACCAAUUUCAGCCAGAGAAACAUGUUGAGGAGACCCUUAAAAUGCUCGAGAGUCUGUAAUCUUUUUGGGAUUUUUCAACAUUACUAGGCUGCUUCCUGCUUCUGAUUCUUAGGCCAGUGCUUCUAUAUUGUUAGUCUAUUCCUAGUCUGAUGGAUAAUUAAUGGUCAUUAGAAUCAUUUAUAUUUAUUCAUUUAUUUAUGUAUAUUUUAAGUGAGAAAUGAUGCACUUUUUAUGUUAAA